AAUGAAGGAACAAAAAACUGAAAUUAAUACAAGAAAAACAGCGAAAGAAAAUGGAGCUGAAAAGCCCAUUACAACACACUACUACACUAGAGACCGUACGGUCCUAGUCAGAGAGAAGAAGCAAAACAAAACACACACUUUCUCACUCACUCUCACACACACGCACGCUCCAACGCACGCCCUGUACAGUGAAGCUGUGAAAAUCCCCUUUCUGUCUCUCCGCUUCGAAACCACCGAACAACACCAGCUCGCCGAUCUUCCACACACUUCAACACCUCUCUACCACCAACCACCUUCUUCACUUCGGACACUCCAACUCAAACCCGUUUCCAUGGACUUGUACGGUCGGGCCCCCGUCAGGAACGGAUCCAACCCGGUCAACCAACCCGAAUGGCCCUCACCGGGCAUCGACACUGCUCUCGAAGAAUCCAUGUGGCAUUUAACGCUCGGUGGCGGCGAAUCUUACCCGGAGCGGCCCGGCGUUCCCAAUUGUGUGUAUUACAUGCGAACCGGUGUGUGCGGAUACGGUAGCAGGUGUCGUUACAAUCACCCUCGUGAUCGUGCUGCGGUUGUUGCGGCGGUAAGAGCUACGGGGGAGUACCCAGAACGGGUGGGGGAACCUCCAUGUCAGUAUUAUUUAAAGACCGGAACCUGUAAAUUUGGAGCAUCCUGUAAAUUCCACCAUCCAAAAAAUGGAGGUGGAUAUUUAAGUCAAGCUCCACUAAAUACUUACGGAUACCCAUUACGGCCAGGUGAGAGAGAGUGCUCCUAUUAUUUGAAAACGGGGCAGUGCAAAUUUGGUGUUACCUGUAAAUUCCAUCAUCCUCAACCCGCUGGCACACCAUUGCCAGCAUCUGCACCUCAAUUUUAUCAACAGGUGCAGUCUCCUACCGUUCCUGUGGCUGAACAGUAUGCAGGAGCUUCUGCAAACUUAAGAGUGGCAAGGCCCCCUGUAUUGUCCGGUUCCUAUGUACAAGGGGCUUAUGGUCCUGUACUUCUUUCUCCAGGGGUUGUCCAGUUUCCUGGAUGGAGUCCUUAUUCGGCACCUGUAAGUCCUGUGCUAUCUCCUGGUGCUCAACCUGCUGUUGGAGCCACUUCUUUAUACGGAGUGACCCAGUUGUCAUCACCAACAUCAGCUUUUGCUAGACCGUAUACUCCGCUGUCCUCUACUACCAGUCCUUCAGGAAACAUACUUAAGGAUCAAUUAUUUCCUGAAAGACCCGGUGAACCUGAAUGCCAAUACUUUCUGAGAACAGGGGACUGUAAAUUUGGAUUAGCUUGUCGAUAUCAUCAUCCUCGGGACCAUAUUGUUGCACGACCAUUUCUUAGCCCAAUUGGACUUCCUUUACGACCGGGCGUACAACCUUGCGCUUUUUACUUGCAAAACGGGCAUUGCAAGUUUGGGUCCACGUGCAAAUUUGACCAUCCUUUGGGAUCUUUGAGCUACAGUCCAUCGGUAUCUUCUUUCAUUGAUGUGCCAGUUACUCCAUACCCUGUGGGGUCUUUGCUGUCUCAGCUGGCUCCUUCUACAACAUCUUCAGAGCUUCGGUCUGAACUGAUGUCCGGGUCCAAAAAGGAAUCCCUUUCAGCCAGAAUACCUUCUUCUGGUACUUCUGUCGGUCUAAUUUUCUCACAAGGUGGUUCUAUCUCGUUAUCUGAUGUGCAACUCUCAAGUCCGAGUUCUGCCCCUCUUGGCAGUAGCAGAAACACCAGACAAAGCGGUGAGAUACGUUGAUCAGGCUAGUGGAAAACCUGAAAAUGACUCCUCAUUACCUAUUGGAUGUGACUUCACAAGCCUCCAUUGCUUCUGUUUAUAGUCCUCAGUAUUUUGAUGGCAACUGUUCAAAUUUUCACUGUCUUGGUUGAGAAUUCAUCAUCCAAUCCUGUUUAGAGCCUAUACUAGGUGAUUCUCAUCUGAUUAUAUUAUUAUCUCCAAUAAGCAUCAAUUGAAAACUCAAUAUUGUCUACACUCCAUCUCUUUUGAUUGUUAUUAUUCAUCCUUUACUUAAAGCGUUUGUGUGAUGAUUGUUUUGUUACAA